AUGAGCCACUUCAGCAACCCCGAUUCCGUUGCCAACCCCCAGCAGGGCGAGUUCAAGCCCUCCGUUAAGCCUACCGGCCCACUCGAGGAAGGAGGGCACCAGCCCGGCCGCAAGGUCGCGCCCGCCGACUUCGCCCCGGAGUUCCGCGCCGAGACAUACCCGGCUGGCACGGCGCCCGCCUCCAACUCCUACAGCGCCAACACCACCAGCGAGGUCGGCAGCCAGGCCCUGAACCCCAACGUCGAGCGGAGCCACGGCAAGGAGCCCGUCAAGACCUCCGCCGCGGACACCCUGAUGGGCGCCACCUCACGGGACGUGCACACCGGCCUAGGCCACCCGGGCUCCGGUCAGUCCAGCGCCGAGCUGCGCCACGACGGCCAGCCCGGCCGCAAGCGCCAGACCGCCGGUCUCGAGCAGGUUGGCGCCUACGCCGACAGCAAACUCGAGCGUGACAUCCCCGGCCAGCGGGCGCUCGACCGCGACGAGGCCCACCUCGCCGGCUCGCGCGGCGACAAGGGUGCUCUCGCGGCCGAGGACCGCCAGCCCGAGCCCGCUACCACCGCGGCUGCCGAGUGGAAGUAUGAGCCCGGCACCAAGCGGGACAACACUCACAAGCACUGA